GAUCCAAUAAAAAGUUGUAUUUGUGCAAACAACCAUAUUGGCAGCUGAAGGAAUUCAGAGAGCAAUAAAAACCGACCAGAAUCCUACAGGUGUGUGUUUGAGUCAUUCCGUAUCCAAAGGAAUCCAGUCGGUAGUUCUAUACGUUUGUGCUGUAUCGUGGGAAAUGUGAAACGAAAAGUAAUAACAAAACGCGGAGGAAAAAUAGCUGCUGGUAGUGAAAUAUACAACGGCCAAUCAUCGACCACUGGCAUUGUGGCGAUCGGUUUCGAUCUGUGCAUUGGAGAGAAGAAAACAAGAAGAAAAGCAUAUUCAACAAAACAACAUUCUCCUCGGUGUGUACUUGCUGUGCAAUUUUAGAUUGAAUUUUAGUGUAAAGAGUGGAUGAAAUUUCAGGCCGCCUUCGACGCUUGCGAUCACGGUGUUUAUACUUUGGAAGCAUUCCAAUUUUAAAUAAGCUGUGUGAAUCAACGUUAGCAUAUUCAUGACGAUUACGGCUAAUUUCGCAAAAGUAAAUAAAAGUGAAAAAAUUCAAGUGUCGUCCAGCAGUGUCUAGUCGAAACGCGGUGGUUCGUACGAAAGAAAAAAGUCAUCCGCAAACAUCAUCAACCUGCGCCUGUAGUUGCUUUGGGUGUUGUGUAUUCUAUAGCUAUUGAAGCGCUUGUGAGCUAACGGCUUUAAUUACAAAGUAUGUGAAAUGUUAAGUGUAUGCAUAUUCAAAUAACCAUCAAAGAAUCAAAGCAGUAAACUAAGCGCGGCGCGGAGCAGCAGGGAACAACGUUCGGGUGCUGUACCCUUAGGCAGUGUACCAAUUGCUAUCUGUGUGCUAUCGUGCCUCGUGGAAAAUAAAUAAAUAUACGGACAGUUUGGGAGGAUUGCUAAACAAUCCUCAUCGCGGCCGCUACGCGAUAACGUGUGAUAACAGAGUGUGAAGCUCCCAUCGACACCUUGCUCGGGCUAUACAACAGUGUACCGGGCGAUGAGUAAUCGACUAGAUACGACGGUGGGUCUUGUGUCGCAAUAAACCCGUGCAAAAAUGGAAGCCCAUGAGCGACUAGAUCAAGUACCCGCCACCAUCGUCAAUAGCGCUAAGAAGAUGGCUCGAUAUGUCGAAGACCGUUAUACUACCGCGCGGAAGAACUAUCAACAUGAUAGUGAUCGGGAUCGUAAGAUGGUGAAGCAACGGAUUUCAACGAGUACACCGACUAGAACAGCGCUGCGCUACACAACAGCGACGCGUAGUAAUGAGCAACGAUGCCCCAGAUCGACGGGACCGAGAGGGUCAAGUCGUCGGGUGUUAUCAGCCUGGAGGACGCUGACUACUGCCACAAGCGUGGUACUGUUGCAGCUACUGUUACGUACAACGACAAUUAAUGCAGCAGAACCGCAGAUGCAAGCGCCACGCUUUACAACGCAACCGUCUUCGUCCGGCUCGAUGGUGAACGAAGGCCGAACCAAGAUUCUCCAGUGUCAUGCCUUAGGUUACCCUCAGCCGAUGUAUCGGUGGUUGAAGAAUGGUGUCCCGGUGGGAGACUUCGACACUAGUCAGUACCUGAAAAUCCAAAGUACAACUCGGGAGGAUGCCGGGUCGUACCAGUGCCUGGCGAAAAACGAUGCGGGGACGAUUUUCAGCGAGAAGAUCGACGUCGUGGUGGCAUACAUGGGAAUCUUCGAUGACCUAACCGAGCAGGUUGUAUCUGUUCAGUCUGGCUAUCCGGCGAUAUUGAACCUCUCGCGGAUAGAGUCCGUCCCGGCGCCGUCAGUCACUUGGCAAACGGAGGAUGGGCCUCUAAACUACGACAUCAAAUAUGCCACGACUGCGAACAAUCAGCUCAUAAUCCUAAGCGUCGAUGAGAACGACAUGAAAUCGUACCGGGCACGUGCCAUUAAUACGCAAAUCGGGAAAGAGGAAAUAAGUGCAUUUAUCCGGGUAAACGUGACGGGGAACGCGUACAGUGAGGUGGCUCCGGAGAUCAUAGUGCAACCGAAAAGCAUUAAGGUGGUUCGGGGGGAGCAAACAGUUCAGUUGGAGUGCAUAGCCAACGCGCGGCCACUACAUGAAUUGGAAACAAUUUGGUUGAAGGAUGGAAUUCCAAUCGAGAACUCCGGGAUAUCGUAUGCUCAUACAGAUCCCUGGAAUCGGACAUUGGCGCUGCUGUACGUAAAUUUGACGCACACCGGGCAAUACACGUGUCAGGUCCAGAUGCGUACCGGAGGCUAUCCAACCGUUCACUCAGUAGCAACCGUGGCCGUACAAGAACCUCCAUCGUUUUUCACACCUUUUCGAACGGAAACUUUAGGUGAUUACGGCUCAAAGACCGUUUUACCGUGCGACGUUAUUGGGGAACCUGUUCCGUAUGUAACAUGGUUUCGCAAUGCGGAAGGGCUAGAUCUUUCGACAGAUCGGUAUACAGUAUUAGACGAUCAUUCCCUGGUAAUCAAAAAGCUUAGUAUGGAAGAUUCCGCCAUGUUUCAGUGUUUGGCAAGUAACGAGGCCGGAGAGAAGUCUAGCUACACCUGGUUGAAAGUCAAGAAUAACACCAUCCAAUCAUCCACCCCAACCGUUGUGCUCAAGCACUUGAUCCUUUACAAUCAGUUCGUACGUAACAAACGCCUAGCACAGCCAAGAAUCAUUAGGGUGCGUAAUUCUGCUUCAGCAUCUGAUUCGGCAGCGGUUAGCAUCAACAAUACCUCAUCGAACAGCGCCACCAAAUCCACCACCAGCAAUGGUAACGGUGGUCGAAGCCGCAAAAAGACGACAGCGGGCUCUACCACUAGCACUUCGACACGUGCCGAGGAUUUUACCUUUGACAUUAGACCUUCUGUGCCGAUCAUGGAAAUGUCUCCAAUGAAUGUCACUGUGCUGGACGGGAAGGAUGCAACCAUGCACUGCCGGGCUGUAGGAGCUCCCACCCCGAACAUCACCUGGGUGUUCAAUGAAUCACAAGGCAUUGAGCUUUCCGGUCGAAUACAGAUCCUCGACUCUGGCGAUCUGUUGGUUUCCAACGUGCGAGAAUCAGAUGCCGGUUUGUACACGUGUAUUCGGGCCAACGAAGCCGGAAUUGUUACCGGGGAAGCCUUUCUUGGUGUUAUGGUGCGAACUCAGAUCGUACAACCCCCAGCGGAUAUGACGGUUCUACUGGGACAUACUGCCGCUCUUCAGUGCCGUGUCUCAUCCGAUCCGACGGUUCCCUUCAACAUCGAUUGGUACCGAGAGCCACAACGGCAGCCCAUCAAAAAUAGUCAAAGGGUGGCCGUGAAGGCCGACGGUACGUUGGAGAUUGUCGAGGUACGGCCAUCGGAUGUUGGGCAGUACAGUUGUAUUGUUACGUCCCCCGGUGGUAACGAGACCCGCUCGGCAAGGCUUAGCGUUGUCGAGUUGCCAUUUGCACCGACCAACGUUCAAGCCGUCCGACUGAAUACGGCGACGCAUCGGGCGAUCAACAUAUCCUGGACUCCGGGCUUCGAUGGAAACAGUGCUGUAUUGAAGUUCAUAAUUCAAAGACGAGAAGUUCCUGAGCUUGGUCCACUGCCAGACCCUCUGCUGAAUUGGGUGACGGAAUUGAGCAACGUUUCAGCUGGAUCCCGGUGGGUACUAUUGACGAAUUUGAAAGCGGCCACGGCAUAUCAAUUUCGAGUCAGCGCUGUGAACCGCGUUGGCGAAGGAUCGCCUUCUGACCCGAGCAAUGUGAUCAAACUGCCACAGGAAGCUCCCUCGGGUCCACCGGUAGGAUUCGUCGGUUCAGCCAGAUCGUCAUCGGAGAUCAUAACACAGUGGCAACCACCGAUGGAAGAGCAUCGAAACGGUCAAAUAUUGGGGUAUAUCAUUCGAUACCGUUUGUUCGGAUACAAUGCCAGCCCUUGGAAUUAUCGGAACAUAACCAAUGAAGCUCAACGAAACUACCUUAUUCAGGAGUUGAUCACAUGGAAGGAUUACAUCGUACAAAUUGCGGCGUAUAACAAUAUGGGUGUCGGUGUGUACACCGACGGCGCAAAAAUUAAAACGAAAGAAGGUGUUCCGGAAGCCCCGCCUACGAAUGUGCGAGCUGAUGCGAUGAACUCUACCGCCAUCCGAGUUUGGUGGAAACCUCCGAACCCUCAACAGAUCAAUGGGAUCAAUCAGGGGUAUAAAAUUCAGGCUUGGAGAUAUGAAGUUGUCGAUGGUGAGGAACACGAAUCCGAAGAAAAGGUACUUACUGUUCCUCCUAGUUUACUGGAUCCUUUAGCCGAACAGGACGCGAUUGUUACGGGGCUCGAUGAAUUCACAUCGUACAACAUUACGGUGCUGUGUUUUACGGACCCUGGUGAUGGAGAACGCAGUUAUCCAGUCGAAGUAAAAACACAAGAAGACAUUCCAGACGAAGUUAGUUCUCUACAGUUUGACGACGUAUCGGAUCGAGAAGUCACAGUUUUGUGGACACCUCCUAAGCAAAUUAACGGCAUCCUCACUGGUUAUCAUGUUAGAUAUCAAAUCAAAGAUCGACCGGACACGUUGAAAACCUUCAACCUGAGCGCAAAUAGCAGUUCAUUGAAGAUUGUCAAUCUUAUGGCAACCACACACUAUUGGUUUGAAGUCACGGCGUCCACCGCCAUUGGACAAGGUCUACCUCGAACAGCCACCAUUCAGUCCGGUGUUGAACCGGUACUCCCUCAUCCUCCUUACCAACUAGCGUUGUCUAAUAUUGAAGCCUUCUCUGUUGUAAUACAGUUCACACCCGGAUUUGACGGUAACUCUUCCAUUACCAAGUGGACCGUAGAGGGCCAAACAGCGCGAAACCUUACCUGGUUUACUGUGUACGAAAUUCACGACCCAGAUGCAUCUACGCUCACUGUAACCGGUCUUACUCCUUUCACGCCAUAUCGUCUGCGAAUUAUCGCCUCUAACGUGGUAGGACCUUCGGAACCAUCCGAACCCACCAAAGAUUUCCAAACGAUACAAGCUCGUCCGAUGCAUCCUCCCUUCAAUGUGACGGUUCGCGCCAUGAGUGCAACUGAACUACGAGUCCGCUGGAUACCUCUGCAGCAAACCGAGUGGUUCGGAAAUCCUCGUGGGUACAACAUAACUUAUAGAAACGUCAACGAGAAAGCUCGCAUCGCUCCUUUCAGCGUUAUUAUUGAAGAUCCAACGGCCAAUUCCCAUGUCUUGGAUGGUUUGGAGGAAUGGUCCGUGUACGAAAUAUUUAUGAGUGCAGUCAACGAAGUGGGGCAAUCCAACGAGAGUCCGCAUGCAUUUGAAAGAACACGAGAAGCCGUGCCUUCUUUUGGACCACUGGGCGUUGAAGCUAAUGCGACCUCAUCAACAACAAUCGUCGUGAAGUGGAGCGAUGUACCGAAAGAGCACCGCAAUGGUCAAAUUGAAGGGUACAAGGUUUUCUACGGAUCCGCAGGAAGGACACAGGUUCUGCACAAGGCUAUUUCGAAUAAUGCUACUUUCACAACGACCCUGACUGAGCUGAAAAAGUUUGUGCAAUACGACAUCCAAGUGCUGGCUUACACUCGCCUUGGAGAUGGAGUAUUGAGCACUCCUCCGGUGAGAGUUCAAACCUUCGAGGAUACACCAGGAGCCCCCUCGAAUGUAUCGUUUCCAGAUGUUUCGUUCAGCAUGGCACGCAUUAUCUGGGACGUACCGGAGGAGCCCAAUGGAGAAAUCUUGGCAUACAAAGUCACUUACUUGUUGAACGGUUCGCAAAGUUUGAACUUCAGCCGUGAAUUCCCUCCAUCUGAUAGAACGUUCCGCGCCACUCAAUUGUUGGCAGAGCGUUAUUACCUGUUUAGUGUAACUUCUCAGACACGAUUAGGGUGGGGCAAGACUGCGGCUGUUCUGGUUUAUACUACGAACAAUCGAGAAAUACCUCAGGCUCCAUCCGCUCCACAGAUCUCCAGGUCGCAGGUGCAAGCUGAACAAAUAACUUUUAGCUGGACUCCUGGACGGGAUGGUUUUGCACCUCUCCGAUACUACACCGUUCAAUUGCGAGAGAAUGAAGGACCAUGGACAGUGAUUCCUGAAAGAGUAGAUCCCGUUGUGACUUCCUAUACAGCGUUAGGCCUUAAACCACAUACUCUGUACCAGUUUCGAAUCCAGGCGACAAAUGAUAUUGGUCCGUCGACCUUUAGUAGGGAAAGUAUUGAAGUUCGAACGCUUCCUGCAGCGCCAUCUGGUGGUAUCACGGGAUUAAAAGUUGUGCCCAUAACAACGACCAGCGUUCGAGUGCAGUGGAAUCCUCUGCAGAAGAGCCUCUGGAAUGGAGAUUCGAGCACCGGCGGCUACAGAAUUCUCUAUCAACCUGUUUCUGACUUCCCAUCCACGUUACAAAGUACUCCAAAAUUAGAUGUUUUAGGAGUCGAACAAGAAUCGGCAAUCCUAAGAGAUCUGACCCAAGAUCGCAACUAUGAAAUCAUCGUGCAACCAUUUAACUCACAAGGCUCAGGAUCAGCAACGCCUCCGGUAGCGGUCUACGUAGGUGAAGCUGUCCCCACUGGAGAGCCCCGCGGAAUAGAUGGUGCUCCGGUAUCGUCAACCGAGGUGCGCCUACGAUGGAAGGCACCACAACAGAGCAUGCAGAACGGAGAGUUGUUAGGGUACAAAAUCUUUUAUUUGGUUACUGAUUCGCCCCAAGAACUGGAGGAUGGACGCAAACACGAAGAGGAAAUCGAGGUCGUUCCAGCGUCAUAUACGUCGCACAGUUUAGUAUUUUUGGACAAGUACACUGAGUAUAGGAUACAGAUAUUGGCUUUCAAUCCGGCGGGUGACGGGCCACGAUCUGCUCCCAUCACGGUUAAGACCUUACAAGGUCUUCCAGGGCCUCCGAUUGGAUUGUCGUUCUCCGAUAUUACCAUGAACAGCUUGAAAGUCAGUUGGGACCCACCCAAGAAGCGAAACGGAGAGAUUUUGGGCUACAUCGUGACUUACGAAACCACGGAGGAUAAUGAAAAAUUUAGCAAACAAGUCAAACAGAAGGUUUCCGGUACCAAUUUGAUAAUUCAAAACCUGGAAGAGGAGGUUACCUACACCUUCACGGUACGCGCUCAGACAAUCGAUUACGGUCCAGCAGUAAGUGGGAAUGUUACAACUGGACCGCAGGAAGGCUCACCGGUGUCACCACGAGAUUUGCAACUUUCCAAGUCUCAAGCCAGCGUUGACAUGGCCUGGCUAAACGGACCGUCUGGGAAGGGCCCAAUCCUUGGAUACUACAUUGAAACAAAGAAACGAGAUAUGGAGCAAUACUACAAUCAUGACACCCGUUGGGAAACGGUAGCCCGCACAACCAACGGUCCCAUCCAAGAGUUCACCGUCAGCUUCCAGAGUCUGCUACCGUCAACUGCCUACAAGUUUCGGGUGAUCGCGUACAACCGGUACGGAAUCAGCUGUCCGGUCUACUCGGACGACGCUAUUCUCACGCCGUCGAAGCUAUAUCUGGAGUACGGAUAUCUUCAGCAGAAGCCAUUCUACCGGCAAACAUGGUUCAUGGUGGCCCUCGCGGCGACUUCCAUUAUCAUUAUUAUUAUGGUGAUUGCGGUACUGUGCGUGAAAAGCAAGAGCUACAAGUACAAACAAGAAGCACAAAAAACGUUGGAGGAAUCGAUGGCAAUGUCGAUCGACGAGCGGCAAGAACUUGCCUUGGAGCUGUACCGAUCUCGACACGGUGUGUCGAGUAACAACGGUACGCUGAACGGAACCGGAACGUUGGGCCGACGAACCGGUACGAUACUGGGCAGUAGAAAGCCACAGACUUCGGCUGCGCAGGCUGCGUCCCUUGGUAAAUCUCCACCAAGGCCAUCGCCGGCGUCGGUCGCGUAUCACAGCGACGAAGAAAGCUUGAAAUGCUACGACGAAAAUCCGGACGAUAGCAGCGUGACGGAAAAACCGUCCGAAGUAAGCUCGAGCGAUUCGCAGGCUUCAGAAAGUGAGAACGAGAGCGUUCGCUCGGAUCCACAUUCGUUCGUGAACCACUACGCGAACGUGAACGACUCGCUACGCCAGUCCUGGAAGCGGCAGAAACCGGUGCGGAAUUAUUCCAGCUAUACCGACUCGGAACCGGAGGGUUCGGCUGUGAUGAGCUUAAACGGAGGCCAGAUCAUUAUGAACAACAUGGCCCGUUCACGGGCGCCACUUCCCGGAUUCAGCUCCUUCGUAUGACCUUCGUCGUGCGAGGGGAUCAUUGAUGAGCUGGAUGCGACGCUGAAAGCUCGAAGCAAUGGUUCCGCCGCAAUGCUGCCGAAUGGUGGUGGAGGUUUGGCGCUCGUAGGGAGCACCGCCGGAAUCAACGGUAUCAGUGGCAGUAAGAGCGAAAAUUAUUUGUCCUGAUAGGAACCGCUGAGGGAAGGCGCGGUGGAGAUCUACGCCAGAGGUAGCUGUAAGAAACUUGUUUGUGAUACAAAAAUUUUACACUUGAGAAUUUAGAGUCCUGCUAGAGGGGUGUGCGAGAUCGAGAGAUAGACUGACUGCGAGCGAGAUAAGUGAAACCAGUUUUGUUUUAGUUUCGAUUUUAAAUUAAUAGGGACAAAAGUGAGCGCAGAUCGGAUAGUGAUCCGAAAGGAAAGCGACGAAGCAUAAUCAAAAAAUGUGACUGAUUUUUUAUUCUUUACUGUAGAAUAUUGGAAAUUUAGUUUGAAUCGAAUUACACGGGGCACUUCUGCGUUGCCAACAAAGUUGAAAUGAUUACUUCAACGAUCUACUUAGGAGAUUCUUUACAGAAUUGUUUAGAUGUAACACUGAAUUACUUAUAGUAACUAAAAAAGAAUAAUAACAAUGCUGUUUUGUACAAUACCACGCUGCAGUUUGUAGGGAAUAUUUAGAUUAUAUCAACUCGAGCCAUAGGUAGAAUAUUUUGAAGAAUGAGGCAGACGAAGGUUCUCAAUCUUCAUUAAAAAAAACACCGUUCUAUUUCGAAGUGUAUUGUAAUAACUUAUGUCCUUUUUAUCCUUUCACUUUCGUUGGUGUCUUCGACAAUCUGUGCAAAUAAUGUACGUGUGUUGAAAUAUUUUUUCAAAGAUAUAGAGAUGUUCUUUUUACAAAUUAAUUUUUAUUAUUUGUCUUGUCUUUGUUUUGUCAAUUAGACACUAAUGGGUUACUUUGCGAUGAUUGAGAACCAUAAUGCCUAACAUUAUAAUGAUAAAAAAUAUAAUUCAACGGAAAUUCCACUGGAAGGAUACAUCUUUUACUGUGACGUAAUACAUUUUGAUGUUAAAAAUGAUAAUCAAAAUGAUUCCAAAUGGUCCCAAAGAGACACAAAUAUUGAAGGAUGUUAUUUAAUUUCGAUCUCAAACAAAACCGAUUGAUCAAUGGCACAAAACAGAAGUAAAUGACUGCCCAUUUGAUAAGUUUUAGAACAGAAUUAUAUCUAAUACUAAGAGUACUUACAGAAAACCCAGUAGGAAACAAAUGUUCACUGCCAUCAUCAACAUCCUGUUCAUUCCAGUAUUUUGUGGAACCACCUUCCAUGUAUCCUCCACGGUCACGGAACAUUAUUCUCGUCCUACUGUGUAACUGUGCCGCUACCAUUCGAAUGAUCCUUGACCUGGAAGGAUGUUGUGGCUAAUUCCCAUUCGUUCGAUUUUCGAGCUGUGUAGUUUUGUUUUGGUUUCGCAAACCUACAAGUCCAAAUACAAUACCGAAAACUACAUUUCCAGUUGCCUUAUUAAGUAGUAGCACACAUACACAAUUGAACAACGCGAAGGAACGUACACUUUAGAUAGACCUUUUUUCGUUUCGACUAUUAUUCCGUAUUUUAUUAAAAGUAAGUAUAAAUACAGAUAGAAAAACGUGCCCUUUCCUAUGUUCUAUUGUGCGAACACAACGAUAAAAUGAAAUUAGUUAGGCAGAACACUGCGCUUAAUAUGACAAACCUACUUAUCACAAAAAGUAGAAUCUGGAACCGUGUAAAUGUUAAUCUUUGUAUAAAAUUUAUACAUAAUAUUAGUAAUUUAUGACAUAAGACUUCUACACUAUUUUUAUAUAGUUAGCAAAUGAAAAUUAAGAAAAGAAGUAAAUGAUCGAAUUCAGAACGAAAUGCAUUAUAUGAAAAAUCAAAGGCACAAUAGAGAAACUAUAACGAAUCCUGAGGUAUAGAUUCUGUUUCAAUGGGUAAACAAUCGAAUAACACAAAUGUUGUCACAAGCCUGUCAGGAACAUCUUUGUGAUGUAUGAACAAUUACUCAAAAAUCUCCCACACACAUACGAUAAGUGUACGCUAAAUACUACCACAAUGAAAAGUCAUAAACCUAUAAAGUUAAACAAUAGAAACUCUUAUAACAAGCAUACCGAUGUUAUCUGUAAAACAAAGAAUGUCGAUCAAGAAAUGUGUAUAAAUGAAAUGAAAAA